AUGGCGUCAUACGCGCUACACGCACCGUUCACGACGCCGCUCGCAUAUAUCAGCCUGUUUGGAUUGGGGGCCCUCGUCAUGCGCGGCGCAGGAUGCACGAUCAACGACAUGUGGGACAGGAAGCUCGACAAGGCUGUCGCGAGGACGAGGGAGCGGCCCCUGGCGAAAGGCGAAAUCUCUAUGCCCCAGGCUGUGGGUUUCCUCGGCCUGCAGCUCAGCACCGGGUUGGCAGUGCUCACGCAGCUCAAUUGGUAUAGCAUCUUGCUAGGAGCCUCGUCACUUUCCCUUGUCAUUAUCUAUCCGUUCAUGAAACGCGUCACGUACUGGCCCCAGGCGGUGCUUGGGCUCACGUUCAAUUGGGGCGCGCUGCUCGGGUGGUCCGCCGUAGCUGGGUCUGUGAACUGGAGCGUCGCUCUUCCCCUGUACGCAGGAGGGGUCUGCUGGACUCUCGUAUAUGAUACUAUAUACGCUCAUCAAGACAAAACUGACGAUGUCAAAGUCGGAAUUCGCUCAACUGCUCUACUCUUCGGAGAGCGCACGCGCCCCAUCCUCAGCGCGCUCUCUGCGUCGUCCAUAUCCUUGAUAACAUGUGCAGGAUAUCUGAAUGGCCAGGGACCGUUAUUUUACCUGGGUACUGGCCUUGCAGCCGUCCAGCUGGCCCGCGUCGUCGUAGGAACUGACUUUAACAAUCACCAAAGCUGCUGGAAGGGAUUUGUGGGAUGCGGGUGGGCUGGUUUCGGGAUAUGGAUGGGAGCGCUGGCGGACUAUGCGUCUAUGGCUGCCGGGAUCUUUUGA